AUGGCAAGCAAGCAAGCAAUUCAUAAGGCAAAUAUGGCAUUUGCUAGGUGGUGUUUUGAUGCUUGUAUUCCUUUUAAUGCUAUGCGGUCACCUUAUUUUAAACCAAUGGUGGAUGCUAUUGGGAGUAUUGGUGUGGGAUAUAAAGCUCCUUCUUAUAAUGACAUGCGAGUUAAUUUAUUGCGGGAUUGCAAGAAAGAAUGUCAGUUGUUUAUUGAUAGCUACAGAAGCCAAUGGGCUAAUUGUGGAUGCACAAUUAUGGGAGAUGGUUGGACGGAUCAAAGGCAAAGAACUUUGAUUAAUUUUUUGGUGUAUUAUCCUACAGGAAAAUCUUUUGUGAAAUCUGUUGACACCUCAGAUAUUUUGAAAGAUGCCACCAAUUUAUGUAAUUUACUCAUGGAGAUUAUUGAAUGGGUUGGACCGGAUAAUGUGGUUCAUUUGGUGACUGAUAAUGCAAGCAAUUAUGUUGCGGCAAGAAGGUUAAUACAUGAAAAAUAUGAUCAUAUAUAUUGGUCUCCUUGUGCUGCACAUUGUUUGAAUUUGAUUUUGAAAGAUAUUGGAAAAAGAGAUCAUGUAGCGGAGCUUGUAUCACGUGCUUCCAAGGUGACUAUUUUUGUCUACAACCAUAUAUACAUACUAUCUUGGUUGAGAAAAAGAUCUGGAUGGAAAGAGAUUGUGCGUCCAGGAGUAACACGUUUUGCUACUACAUUCAUUACUUUGAAAAGUAUCUAUGAUCAUAAACAUGACUUGCAAGCAUUAGUGACAAAUAAGUAUUACACAAGCCAUAAGUUAUCUAAAAGUCCAGUGGGUAAAACAGUUACUUCUAUUAUCUUGGAUGGUGAAUUUUGGGAAGAAUGUUUAUUUAUGGUGAAGAUUGCAGCUCCCAUCAUUAGGCUUUUACGUGUUGUUGAUGCGGAUGAGAAACCUUCACUUGGUUAUGUUUAUGAAGGCAUGAUUAGGAUUCAAAAAGCAAUCAUGGCCAUCUUCAGAAACAAGUCUAUAAUGUAUGGUCCCUAUAUUAAAAUUAUUGAUGAGAGAUGGGAUAAGCAUUUGCGGUGA